AAGCAUAUCUUAAGCUUUGCAAUACUUUCGAUUUUCUCAUUGAUAUAUUUAUAACUUUGAUCUGCUGUGAAUAAAGUUCUCAUCUUACGAUAUAUAUUCACUAUGUCUGUUGAUGUUGAACAAUUAUACAAGAGCUUUGGUGUACUGGCAGAUGCCAAAGACAAUGCAAAAGAGCACCCAGAAGCAUACAAAACAAUUUUGAAAGGUGUUGAAGGCACAUCAGCUGCAAAGCGACUUUCCGCGCAAUUCACAUCCAGAUUUUUUAAGCAUUUUCCCGAUUUAUCUGAAUCUGCUAUCAAUGCCUUGCUUGAUCUUUGUGAGGAUGAUGAUCCUUCUAUAAGAAAAGCAGCAAUAAAGGAGCUUCCCAACUUAUGUAAAAGUAGCAAAGAGCACGUUUCUAGACUUUCUGAUGUUUUGGUUCAGCUGUUGGUCUCAGAAGAGUCGUCCGAAGUAAGCGCUGUCAAUUCAGCCCUGAAUGGUUUAUUCACAUUAGAUUCAAAAGGAACUCUCACAGGUGUUUUGUCCCAAAUUUUAAGCGGAGAUGAUGAGGUUCGCGAGAAAGCCAUCACCUACUUAUGCACACGGCUUAAAUCGUGCAGUGAAGCGGACAUGAGCAAGGAAACAGAGGAAUACGUGUUGGAGCAGUUGAAGAAAGUUCUAGAAGACGUCACUGGUGGUGAAUUUCAAAAGCUAAUGCAGGCAUUAUCUGGUCUACACCAUCUACAGACAAUACAGGGCAGACAACAACUCGUUAAUAUAAUCGCUGAUCAAUUGAAACUGGACCAGGAUUUUGACCCAAAAGACACAGACUCGUUAAACAGAAUUAGUCAAUGCAUUAGCAUGGCUUUGCCUCUUUGUUCGAGAAAUGUUCAUUCUUCCCCAUUCAUAAACUACAUGUGCCAGAAGGUACUUCCACAACUUUCACUUAUAGGUUGUAGUGAAGCUGUUAAUGGAGAUUCAAAGCCAGAGGUCAAUCAACCAGACCUGAAGUUAGAAAUACUCAAGGAAUUAUCGGAUCUGUGUGCUCACUGUGGUGCAACUGAAAUUCAAGAUAGCAUUCAACCAUUGUUUCAAUCACUCGUGGACUUCAUGCCUCUUCCACCCACGGAUGAAAGUGAGGAUGGUUCCAGCGCUCCUAAACCUAAACUUCAUUUUUCCUAUGUUGAGUGCCUCAUGCACUCAUUCCAUCAGCUCGGCAGGCACAACAGCGAUUUUUUCACGUCAGAAGAAGCAGCAGCAAAACUGAAAGACUUCAGAAUAAGACUACAAUACUUUGCACGUGGCGUACAAGUUUAUAUCAAAGAAUUAAAAACCUCGCUUGCUGGAAAGUCACCAACUGAGCUACGGACAGAGAAAGAAAACCAAAUCAAGCUUGUUGCUCUUAAGACCUGUAACAACAUCAAUACAUUAAUCAGGGAUUUAUUUCACAAUCCACCUGCAUACAAAGCGUCAAUUAAUGUGUCAUGGAAAAAAACAACAGCGGCACCCAAGGCAAGUCCUGCGAAACCACAGAAGAGACCAAGUACUGGCGGGAAUGACAAUGAUGACAAAAAGAAAGAACGUACUUUGUACCGAACACCUAGUGGGAAGUACAGCUCUAACAUUAGUCCUGGCAGAGGUGGUUAUAGCAACAAGAGAGGUGGAAGAAAAUGGGGUGGCGGUCGUGGCCAGUAUUAUUAAAACCUUCAACAACAUAUAAAAGAACAUUUUACCACAAUCUUCUGAAAAAAUGGCAAAACUGAGGCAAAUGAAAAAUUUUUACAAAGCUGGAAGUUAUUUUUAGAAAAAAAAGCGAAGAAACAAAUUUUUCCAAACAAAGGCCACAUACCACGUCAACAUUGUCGCUUGCCAGUUUAAUCAAUGUCCUAAUCUAUCCAAUGUUGGCAAUUAGUUGGAGAGAUGAAUACUGAUUCUCCUGUUAAAUACUGUACAGUAGUCUAGCUGAAGCAACCUUAGAUACCCCCCAAGUUUACAAGUACCCCCGCCCAUACUAAUGCUAUGUUAAUGACCAGUGCUGUUUGGAAGUUUACAAGUACAUCCAUUAUGAUAACAUUUUUUAGUUCUCAUUAGAAUAAAGCAUGAACAUUUUUCAAUUUUUACAGCAGAAUUUAAAGUUAAAUUAAAUAGUAAAAUAAUAUGAAGUUAAAAAAGAAAAUUGUUUUAAUGGAUAAGGUGUAACACUCCUAACUGAACUGGUAAUUACUUUGCAAUACCCCACUUCUGUCUUAUUUGGAAAUGUGUACCCGUGUAUUGGACCUGCUCCUUGAAAACCAUCUGGAAGUGAAUGUCGAUACCAAGGUAAGUGUCUUUGUUGAAAUAAAUAUUGUUUUUAGAUUCGAUUCAUUAGAAGAUUAUGAAGAAGAACAAAGACACAAUCUCUUGAGCGCGGGUACACUUUCCAAACUAUGGUAAACCGGUCCAAAUUCCCUAAUUUGCGUUACGUAUGUCUAAAUGUAAUAAAACAGUUUUAAAAAA